AUGUCUACUGCGACUACGAGGAAGAGUGCAAGGCGAAAGGGGUUGCGGUCUAUUGCGAGCACUUUGCGCGAGCGAAUUGAUGUCAUAGUUAAGGACUUUUCGGAGGAGAAACGAGCAGAAAUUAUUUCUUUACAGACCACUUUAAUUGACACUGUUAAACAGUUAAAGGAGUUAGAUGAAGAGCUAUACGGUGUUUUAUCGGCUGAAGAGAUCGAAACCGACGUUAUGGAGGCUACAGAAUUUUAUCUAUUAGUGAACAUGAGUCUCGCGACUAUUACUACCGCUACCGGACCACAUGUUUCAGCCACAGAAUCGACACGGUCUGUUAAAAAGAAAUCGAUGAGACUACCCAAAAUAGAACUGAGCAAAUUUAAUGGGAACCCUUUGAAUUGGCCCUCGUUUUGGGACCAGUUUAAUUCAGCCAUUAAUGACAAUGACAGUUUGAAUGCAAUUGAUAAAUUUAAUUAUUUGAAGAGAUACGUCGAAGGAACCGCUUUAUCAACUAUUUCUGGGUUAGAAUUGACGAACAGUAACUACGAAAAUGCUAUAGAGUUGCUUAGAAACCGUUUUGGCAACGAACAGGUGCUCAUUAACGCGCACAUGGAAGCCCUGUUGAAGAUUGAGUCAGUACGAUCAAUGGAUAACAACAAUUGA